AUGGUUGGAAAUAAAUGCUCUGGAUGCCGCCAAAACAUAACUACUAGGGAGUUUCUGGUGUGCUCCACUUGCUCAUCUAAAUACGACCUUUUAUGCGCUAAUGUUGGUUUAAAAAGAUUUAAUCUAAUGAACCACGAAACAAGACACUGCUGGAAAUGUCCUGAAUGUCAUAGUAAGCAACCAAAAUCUGAUAACACGAACUCACCGUUGCGCCAACCACUCCAAUCCAAUCAGCCGGGCCCCAGUAACGUCAGCGUACUUGAUGAAACAUCAUGUGAAACCAGCAACGUUACCAUCAGAGCUCGCCAGCAAUCACAGGCUGUUCCAGUUGACGACCGUUAUGUGACGGAGGAUUCACUGCGGCGAAUACUUAGUGAGGAAUUGUCAUGCGUGAUCGAAGAAAAGAUAAAAAAAUUGGUAACUGUACAACUUGGAACGAUAAAUGAGCGCAUAACGGAAUUCAGUGAGUCCAUUCCUUACUUUAACAGGCAAUAUGAGGAAAUGAAGGCUGAACUGCAGGAAAAGUCGGCUAUCAUAACAGGGUUGCAAAAAGACAACGAAACCUUGCAAUCAAGUGUCAAAGCUCUGUCCCAAAGACUCAAUCUGGCAGAGCAGAAUAUGAGAGAGUCGAAUUUGGAAAUAAAUGGUGUACCAGAACAUAAAACGGAAAAUCUGUCAACCCUUCUAACCCAAAUAGCAAAAACCGUUGACUGCCAUAUUGGAGAUGAAGAUAUUCAUCAUAUAACACGAGUCGCCAAGCUAAACAAGGACAGUGACCGGCCUCGCAUGGUUAUUGCUAAGCUCCGCAGCCCCAGACAUCGAGACGCCAUGUUGGCUGCUGUUGCCAAAUUUAACAAGAGUAACCCAAAGGAAAAGCUGUCAACCCAGCAUCUUGGUAUGGCGGGUCCGCCAAAGCCUGUGUUUGUCUCUGAACACUUACCACCAGCUAUCAAGUCUCUACACGCAGCAGCUCGCCUCAAGGCCAAGAAGCAGGAUUUUAAAUUCGUAUGGGUUCGUAAUGGACGCAUCUUCUUACGCAGAAAUGAGUACAGCCCAGCCAUCCUCAUUCGAAGUAUUGAGAGUCUUGAUUCGAUAACCUCUACUCAACAAAGAUCCUGA